AUGAAUUCUGGGUCUAUUGGCAAAGACGACGUCGAGAUCGUCGAUCAACCUUCUCACAUCGAGAGUCUCCCCAAGCCUUCCCACGUUACCGAAAUUGGAACGUUUCGUGUUGUUGGUUUGACGCCUGAAGAUGCGGACUUCUAUCUCAACUACUCGGAGGAGAAGCGGAAGAAGGUCUUUCACAAGGUGGAUAUGCGCUUGAUCCCAAUGCUGGCAGUCUUAUACUUGAUCAGUCACAUUGAUCGAGCCAAUAUUGGAAACGCCAAGAUUGAAGGAAUGGUCCAAGAUCUGAAGAUGAGCGGGAUUCAGUACAAUACUGUGCUCUCUAUCUUCUUCAUUCCAUAUGUUCUGCUUGAAGUUCCUAGCAACAUUCUCUUGAAGAAGUUCAAGCGCCCUUCGGUAUAUCUAGGUCUCCUCGUUCUGAGUUGGGGUAUUGUCAUGACCUGCACAGGUCUGGUCCAGAACUUUGCGGGUCUCAUGACCACAAGAGUUCUGCUUGGAAUCUUCGAGGCUGGCUUUUUCCCUGGUGCUAUUUAUCUCUGCUCCUACUGGUAUAUGCCAAAGGAGCUUGCACUUCGAAUCUCAUACUUCUACUGCGCAAGUGCAUUGUCUGGUGCAUUCUCUGGUCUUCUUGCCGCAGGAAUUGCCAAGAUGGACGGCACCGGUGGUCUAGAGGGCUGGCGGUGGAUCUUCAUUUUGGAAGGCCUUGCCAGUGUGGUACUAGGUGUUGCUUGCUUCUUCAUGCUUAUCGACACGCCCGCUUUAUCCCACCGCUGGCUGACCGAAGAGGAAAUUCGCUAUCUGGAACUUUCAAUGUUCAUCAAGCAGGGUGGAACUAGCAGUGAUGAAUCCGAGGGCUUCAAGUGGAGAGACCUCAUGAUGGUUCUGACAAACUGGCGGGUUUAUGUUCAAGCCUACUUUUUGCUCUGCCAGUCGGCUCUGUCAUAUGGUACCAAGUUCACCCUCCCGACAAUUACGAAGUCUAUGGGCUUCAACUCGACAAAUGCCCAACUCCUCUCCGCCCCUCCAUACGUUGCCGCCGCUGUAUCAGCAAUCUGCUUUGCCCGAGUCUCUGAUCACUUCUAUUGGAGAAUGCCGUUUGUGGCGAUUCCCAUGCUUAUCGUCGUGACAGCCUACGCCAUUAUUUUCUCACUAGAUGGGGCUCUUGAAGCAAAGAAAGGAGUGGCCUAUUUCGCUGUCGUGUUGGCCGUGAUUGGUAUCUACCCAAUUCAAGCUGCGGCCGCCUCAUGGAACGCAAACAACAUUGCUCCCUCAUCACGACGUGCCAUCGGUAUCGCGCUGAUGAACUGCGUCGGAAAUAUUGGUGGCAUUCUCGGCAGUUUCAUGUAUCUGGAGAGGGAAAGCCCCCGAUACGAGACCGGAUUUGGUCUUAGUAUGGCUCUUGGUGCAUUCGGAUUUUUCGUGGCCUUGUUCCUCGAGUGGAGCUACAAGACUGGCAACGCAAAGAAGGACAAGCGUGCAGAUGAGGCGAGAGUCAAGUAUACUGAGGACGAACUGUUUGACUUGGGAGAUAGAUCUCCGCUGUUCAAAUACGUUCUGUAA